UGCCCGGGAUGUUGCUGAGGACAGGAUGAUGGCCAGACUAUACUGUGUGGUAGUCACCCUACUGCUGCUGGCAGAGGUCUCUGGGUUCGAAGAAGGGGCAACCAAUCCUGGGGUUGUGGCCAGAAUCACCAGAAAAGGCCUUGCAUAUGCCCGCCAACUCGGAGUAGCCAUCCUGAAGAAGGAGCUGUCCACAAUCAAGUUGCCUGAUUUCUCAGGAAGCUUCAAAGUCAGCUGGAUUAAAACUGUGAGCUAUGACUUUUACAGACUGACGAUCCAUCGCUUCGAGCUCAGGAACUCGGAUUUGAGGCUACGCCCAAGGCAGGGGGUCAGAGCAUCCCUAUCCAAUAACUACAUGUUUGUCAGUGGGAACUGGAAGGUGAAAAAGGCUUUCGUCACCCUAGAUGGUACUUUCGAUGUGAAUGUGGAUGGCAUUUCCAUCUCAGUCUCUCUGAACUUGGGCAAGGACCAGUCUGGACGGCCCACUGCCUCUGUGGCCCACUGCCGCAACUCCAUUGGCCACAUCAGCGUUGACAUUUCUGGACAACUAAGCUGGAUCCUGAACCUCCUCCAUAAAAGAAUUGAAAACAAUUUCAAAAAUAUCUUGGAACAAAAGAUCCGCGAAAUGGUCAGGAAGUCAACCACCUCUCACCUGGAGCCCUAUCUCCGGACUCCGCCAGUUAGCUCAAGGAUUGAUCAGGUUGCCGGCAUUGACUACAGUUUAGUAGGUGCUCCCAAAGUGACUUCUCAAGUCCUAGACACACCCUUCAAGGAACCUUGGGAGGGCGAUGUGUCCUUCUGUCUCCAGGGUGAAUUCUUUGGCCAAAACUGGCACUCCCCAGCCCUCUUCGAUGCUCCGCCCAUCAGGCUGCCCGAGAAACAUGACCACAUGGUCUACUUUGCUGUCUCUGAAUAUGUCUUCAACACAGCCAGCCGGGUUUACCACCAGGCUGGGCUCAUGAACUUCACCAUCCAAAACCACCACAUUCCCCCUGGACUCUCCAAUCCACCUGCACACCAGCUCAUUCCGGGCCAUUAUUCCUCAGCUGGCUAGGUUGUACCCCAAUAUGGAGCUAGAGCUUGAGACAUCACCUGAAUCAGCUCCAUUCCUGAUGUUCACCUGUGGGAGUGUGACCCUCCUGCCGGUGAUAGACAUCCAGGCCUUUGCUCUCCUGCCCACCUCCUCUGACCGCAAGCCACUCUUCCAGCUCAGGGUGUAAGCUGAAAUUGGAACUGAAACCCCCCAACAUCCAUUUCAUCAACGUGGAGCUGAUGGAAGCCAUCUUCAAUUACUAUGCGCUCCACACAUUAUACACCUCUCUCAACGCAAAGCUUGAGGAGGGCUUCCCUCUCCCUCUGCCAAGGGACACCCACCUCAACAGUUUGGAGCUCCAAGUCCAUGAGGUCAAUGAGACGUGGGGUCUGGGUGGGAAGCUCUAAGACCUCCUGGGAGGGCUGCUUCGGGGCUGGUAGCAUUAGGGGGAGCCCCUGACUCCUACUCACAUCCUGGACCUAAUGCUCAUCGGAAAAAAUAUUUUAAAUUUUGGAGCACAGAUGGCAAGUGUUGAUUGUGUGGAAUCUUGACUUCCACAUAAGCUCAGUUUCCAGUAAUUCAGUUCAAUCACAUCAACUGAAUAUCAACAGUGUGCAGGGCCCAUUAGCCACGUAUGGCAGGAAGGGGUCAGAUUAGAUGCACCACUUCUGGGUCAAUGAGCCAGAAGCUCCUGGGUGGUGUGAGAGUGUCCCCGGGGACACCAGCCAGCCUUACCACCUACAGCAGCAAGGCCUGGUCCUGGAGCAAAACUGACCAGGCCUUUUAGGGCAAGCAACACCUCAGGAGCAAGGACAGGGACAAUGACAGUUCACUCUAUAACUCCAGAGGUACCAACGUCUUCACUGCCCAUAGUAUAUUCUAAGGUAAUCCUGGACUACAUCCUCAUAAACUAAUUAUGUGAGGGGGUAAAUUCUGGCAGCACCCAGACGUGCAUUGUUCUCCUGGGAGAAACAACUUUUGGAGGGGGACAGUGACAUUCAUGCGUGUCUUCCAGAAAUCAGACUAUUGGGAAAUGCAAAUAAAUUCCUGGGGUCAGGCAGCUAAGAGGGACAGUGUUUUCUAAAGCCCUCCCAGGCCUGAAGGCUGGGUUUUUGCCCUGACCUGGUUUUCGGGUCAAGUGAGAACUUGCCUCUCCCACUGAAGCUUUCUCUUUCAGGGAGCCCCAUGCUCCGCGGCUCAGAAAAUGAUCUUUCUGGUGGGUCCUUUUUGCCUCCUCUCCAGAACUUCUUGCUCUUGGGGGCCAACCUUGAUUAGGCUGAACACUGAGGAAGGAGCAACGUGGCUGGAGGAGGGGACGACAUCACAGCUGGGCCUGCCCCUGCCCCUGCCCCUGUAGGGGUCCGAAGGUUGUGGUCACUCUGCCUCCACCCCCAUGAGGACCUCCUCCACAUGGACGCUCGUCACCGGGGAGCCUGGGACACCCGAACACACACCUGACCGUGGCAUGCCUUCCCCGCCUUUCUCUUCCUCUUUCCUGUCCCCUUCGCAGCUGUCCUUAGCCUUACUCUGGGCAGCCUCUAGAAUAAACUUCAGUGAGCCGUGUCCAGUCACCACAGAGCUCAAAGCACCCUGCUCAGCAUUCAACAUGAGCUUAGUCGUACGUGUCCUUUGUUGUGGUUACAGGAGCAGAAGUGAGACAACGUGCGCUUAGAGCCUUGUGUUGCUGCUUCCUUGGUGCAUAAUAUUUAUCGAGAUGGGAGCAGAGACCACCCAGCCGCUAUAUGAGUUCCACAUUUAUUCAACAAACCUCGAUCUCAAUUUGCUAAUGAUCGUCCGGCACUGGCUUCUGUCUCUGGGCUUGGUGCUGCGGGAGGAGGGUGUCAAAGAGAAGAAAACACAUGGUCUCUGUCUUCACCAAGCUUACGGCCAAAAACAGGGGCCAGAAGACUUUUUCUAUAAAGGGCCAGAGAGCAGAUCUUUUAGGUUUUUACCACACAUCUAGUCUCCGCCGGGAAUACUCCUCACGGCCACUGUAGCAGAGAACAGCCAGACAGCGAGCAAGUGGGCGUGGCUGUGUCCCAAUAAAACUUUGUUUGCAAAAACAGACAGCAGGCCAGAUCCAAGCCGCGGACCACGGUGUGCCCACCGGUGGUCUAGAAGAACACAUAGGAUUUAUGCCGUGAAUACAAGCCUGGUUUUCAAUUAGGAGAUGUGCUAACAUAUCCUACCUGGGUCACAAGAGUAAUAAAGAGCACAAGCUGGAGGCAAGUCUGGCCUGCUUUCAAAUCAUGGCUCCCUCUCCUUGGCUCUCCAUGAUUCACGAAAUCUCUCCGAACCCCCGGAAUCUUCAGUUUCAAUAUAGCACGAGCAGUGGCCAAGGACCAGGCCACCCGAAGCCUUCUGCUCAACCUUAAACGUGUCGAAUGACUUAGUUGUACUUGUCAUUUGACGUCAUGACAUGGGGAAGGCGGGAGGUUGAAAUAAAUUAUUUGGAAAGUGCUCAGGGCAAUUCUUGGCCCGUGCUGCGCCAGAUCAAUAAACUAGCGCUGUCAUCAUCA